CUGGGACCAGCAGCAGCACCAGCAAGAAUGAACUGUAAGGAAGAAGAUGACAACAGCACCGACUGCAGCAGCAAUAACGUGAAGAAGAUGUUGAAGUGCGUGGUGGUUGGGGAUGGUGCAGUUGGGAAAACCUGUCUGCUGAUGAGUUAUGCCAAUGAUGCCUUCCCAGAGGAGUAUGUGCCCACUGUAUUUGACCACUAUGCAGUGACUGUGACUGUCGGAGGCAAGCAGCACUUGCUGGGGCUAUAUGAUACUGCAGGGCAGGAGGACUACAAUCAGCUGAGACCCCUCUCCUAUCCCAGCACGGAUGUGUUCUUGAUCUGUUUUUCUGUGGUGAACCCUGCCUCUUACCACAACGUCCAGGAAGAGUGGGUGCCUGAACUGAAAGUCAGCAUGCCGCAUGUGCCUUAUGUGCUCAUAGGAACACAGAUUGAUCUUCGUGACGAUCCCAAAACUUUGGCUCGACUACUUUAUAUGAAGGAGAAACCCCUCACUUAUGAACAUGGAGUGAAGCUGGCUAAAGAGAUUGGAGCACAGUGUUAUUUGGAAUGUUCAGCCCUGACACAGAAAGGCCUUAAAACAGUCUUCGAUGAAGCAAUCCUCACCAUUUUUCACCCUAAGAAAAAGAAGAAACGCUGCGUGACAUGCCACAGCUGCUGUACAGUUGUAUGA